CCCUCUGGUGCCACAGGUGGAUUUAUUGUGCUGGAUGGAGAGACCUUUGAGCUGAAGGGCAACUGGGAACACGAGUGCGAGGUUCCCCCAACAGGCUAUGACUUCUGGUACCAGCCACGCCACAACGUUCUCAUCAGCACCGCCGGGAUGGUGCCAAGAAUUGCGGGACGUGGAUUUAACCCGGAUGAUCUGAAGAAAGGGGUCUUCGGGCGCCGCCUGAACGUGUGGAAUCUGUCCUGCCGUACCCUGACGCAGUGCUUUGACCUGGGGGAGGACUCGUUGCCCCUGAGCGUGAAGUUCCUGCACAACCCCGAUGCUGCCGAGGGCUACGUCAGCUGUGCCCUGAGCGGCAUCAUCUACCGCUUCUACAAGUGCGAGAGGGACAGCUGGGCAGUGGAGGAGGCCAUCCAGAUACCAGCCAAGGACGUGUCGGGAUGGAUUCUGCCCAAGAUGCCAGCCUUCCCCAGCGACCUGGUCAUUUCCCUGGACGACAAGUACCUGUACGUCUGCAACUGGCUGCACGGAGACAUCCGCCAGUACGAGAUCUCCAGGACCUGCAAGCCCCGGCUGGUGGGACAGGUGUUCGUGGGAGGCAGCAUCCUGCGAGGCGGGCCCGUGACGGUGUGCAGAGAUGAAGAGCUGAAGUGCCAGCCGGAGCCCUUGGUGAUCAAGUGCAAGAGGGUGUACGGCGGCCCUGCCAAGAUCCAGCUCAGCGUGGAUGGCAAGAGGCUGUACGUCACCAACUCCUUCUACAGCACUUGGGACAAGCAGUUCUACCCGAACGUGGUCAAGGAAGGCUCUGUCAUGCUGCAGAUCGAUGUGGACACAGAGAAGGGAGGCCUGACGGUGAACAAGAACUUCCUGGUGGAUUUUGGAAAGGAGCCCAACGGGCCAUGCCUUGCCCACGACAUCCGCUUCCCUUGCGGAGAUUCCACCUCCGACAUCUCUGCCUAGGCGCCGUGGAACGGCUCCCUUCUUCUCUCUAGUCUGUAGUGCAGCCGUCAAGCGGAGCGUGGGGUGAUUGGGUUGGGGGUCCCAUUCCUUGCUGGAAGCUUCAUUUCUGCAGCCAGUCCAGGCAGCCUUUGCUUUCCGUGCACACAAGUCCCUGGGCGUGCUUCCCAGAGCAGAGCGCAGCUCCUUGCUCAGACUCUGAGCCGUGCACAAUGCACAGCUCCUUUCUGUUGAAGUCUGCAUCCUCACCGUGCCAUACAGAGCCUGCUGGAGGCUGUUGAGCUCUCUGUUAGGAUUCAGAGCUUGCUCACACUUGCUGAUGAAGGCCACAGAAGGUGAAAUGCCCACGUUGUCUGAGCUGCUGUUCUUCAGCCGCGUUCGUUGCUGGGCAGUCCUUCCCUGGCACAGGGGCACACGGAAGCUGCUGGCGCGUGCCAGUGCCUGGGCCAGGACGUGUUGCAUCGCUGCAGGAGUGUGAAGUGCUUCAGUCAGAAAGGGAUGCCUGAUUCCUGAUGCUGCUUUUCUGGGGUUCUGCUUCAAACAUGAAUAAAACUCUCCUUUGCAUCACCUUGGUCUUCACGUCUUAAUUCACGGAAGCCUUUCCAAUGUACUUAGGGGCAAAGCACGCUGGCAGUCCCUUUUCUGCCUCAACCAAGAGUGACUUCUCUCAGGAAUCUGUGGCAUUGUUGUCACCCAAAGCAAUGUCUUGGAUUUCCUAGAGCUUACUUUAGAUAGGACUGAGAGAACACAGCUAGUAGUCAUUCCAAUGGAGUCACAUCUGUUACGUGCCUGGUGUGCUGGUGGUGCCAGGGUUGAGCGGCUCAACAAAGUUGAGGCAAUGUGAACUUGGGUCUUUGCUUGCAGUUCUCAGCACUCCCUCUGUGGCAUUGGCAAAGGUGAGCUCAGCACCUUAAAACUUCGGAAUAGAAUUCCCUCUUUCACGCUGAGAAAUGAGAUUUGAAUUUCUCUCCACAGGAAGGUGUGGUUAUCAGAGCUGUAGACCAUCCCCUGCUUCCCACGUGCUCUGUGGAGCUUCAUCUGCGGGUGCCAAAGCCCCAUCUUGCAAUGGAAUCCUGCUUGCGUGCAGGACAGCAAACGCUGCCCCAGGGAUGUGCUGCAGAAACCCUUCUGCACACCCACCCAUGUUCCCAUUAGUCCCACUUGCCUCGAGACUCUCCACAAAGGCACAAUUUGCAGCCAUCAUCAGUCUGGAGACUGCAAAAGUUGGAGUAUAAAGAGCACGCUUUUAAAUUUCAGCCUUUCAUGUUCUCGGAAGAACAUGACUUCACUGACUUCCUGCACACUUCCCAUGGUCAAAGUU